GAUGGAGCCUGGAAUAAUAUCUCCGCAUCUGCGGCCUCACUGAUUCCGCGCAAAGCGACGCAGCUGAUCCGAUCGCCGCCCACACGUGCGCCACAGGCCACAGCACGCGUUGCACGCGUCUCGCGCCACGGGAUGAUUGUACAACUACAAGCCAUUAAGCCGCCGCAGGCUACUGCACCAGACGUCUGUCUAGACCUACAUACCGCAGAGCUUGGCUCGGAGCUGGUGGCCACCUCGACGUCCGCCGCUCACCGGGCUGCUGCGCUAUGGGCACGGCGAGCGACCAGCAGCACGCGCCGCUCCUGUCGCCCGACGGUGGCGGCGGAUCAGAGAUUAUUGCCGCCGCGGCUCCGCCAUGCGAUGGCGGCGGCGGCGGGCACGGGGUGAGCGCGGAGCUGGAACGCAUCCUGGCGGACGAGUCGGCGCCCCCGGCGCGGCGGCUGUGGCGCGCGGCGCGGGCGGAGCUCCGGCUCCUCGUGGCGCUGGCCGCGCCGGCCUGCGCCGUGUACAUGAUCAACUACCUCAUGUCCAUGUCCUCGCGCAUCUUCUGCGGCCAGCUCGGCACGCUUGAGCUCGCCGCCGCCUCGCUCGGCAACGUCGGCAUCCAGGUCUUCGCGUACGGCCUCAUGCUGGGCAUGGGCAGCGCGGUGGAGACGCUGUGCGGGCAGGCGUACGGCGCGCACCGGUACGAGAUGCUGGGCGUCUACAUGCAGCGCUCCUUCGUCCUGCUCGCCGCCGCCGGCGUCCCGCUCGCCGCCAUCUACUUCUUCUCGGACCGGAUCCUCGUCCUCCUCGGCGAGCCCGCGCGGAUCGCCGGCGCCGCCCGGGUCUACGUCCUCGGCCUCCUCCCGCAGAUCUUCGCGUACGCCGCCAACUUCCCCAUCCAGAAGUUCCUGCAGGCCCAGAGCAUCGUGGCGCCCAGCGCCUACAUCUCCGCCGCCACGCUCGCCGCGCACCUCGCCCUCAGCUACCUCGCCGUCUACCGCCUCGGGCUGGGCCUCCUGGGCGCUUCGCUCGUGCUCAGCCUCAGCUGGUGGGUCGUCGUCGCCGCGCAGUUCGCGUACAUCGCCACGUCCCCGCGGUGCAGGCUGACGUGGACGGGGUUCUCCUGCCGGGCCUUCUCCGGCCUGCCGGAGUUCCUCGGGCUCUCCGCCGCGUCCGCCGUCAUGCUCUGCCUCGAGACCUGGUAUGCGCAGAUCACCGUGCUCAUCGCCGGGUUGCUCAAGGACCCGGAGCUCGCGCUCGAUUCGCUCGCGGUGUGCAUGUCCUUGGCAGGAUGGUCGUUCAUGGUGUCGGUAGGCUUCAAUGCUGCUGCGAGCGUGAGGGUGAGCAACGAGCUCGGGGCUGGGCACGCCAAGGCGGCGGCCUUCUCCGUCAAGGUGGUGACGGCGGUGUCGGUGGCGGUGGCGUGCGCCAUCGCCGCCGCCGUGCUGUGCCUCCGCGACCGCAUCGGCUACGUCUUCACCAGCGGGGACGACGUCGCGCGCGCCGUCUCCGCCAUGGCCCCGCUGCUCGCCGUCACCAUCGUCCUCGACGGCAUCCAGCCCGUCCUGUCAGGUGUGGCGGUUGGCUGCGGUUGGCAGGCGUUCGUGGCGUAUGUGAACAUCGCGUGCUACUACGGCAUCGGGAUCCCCCUCGGCUGCGUGCUGGGGUUCCACUUUGACCUGGGCGCCAUGGGAAUAUGGGGUGGGAUGAUCGGUGGAUUGUUUGCUCAGACGCUUAUACUUAUCUGGAUCACACUUCGCACCGACUGGAAUAAAGAGGUAGAACAAGCGCGCAUGAGGCUAAAUAAAUGGGAAGGCAAGAAGAAGCCCAUUUUGGCGGAAGACUGAAAAGUUGCAUGCAUGCAUGGUGCACGUGCUGAUCUACUCUGUAUGUCGUACGCUGUACCGAAGACUGGGUUUAUUUAAAAAGACGGUAAUACUAGAAUUAAGACGCCCUACGGGUAAAAAAAAAUGAAUAUUCUGACCCAUGUUGUAAGAAUCAAGUAUGAUAUUGCAAUUUUUUUUUAUGUUACGCAGUGAGUGAUGCAUGAAACAAUUUUACCUUUUAUUAGAACAAAUGACUGCUCAAUGGAGACAUGAAUCUACCUACAUGCUGGCCCACAUCCAUUAUUAUAUUAGCGUAUAUAUGAAGAUACAACAGCGCAUCCAUUUCAGGUCAGAGACACCUACAUAGGAGGUUUUGGUUCAAUUUGGUCCUAUUUUCGACAUUUGGCUCCCAAAUCAAUCACCUAGAACCAGCCCCUAGAGAUGAUUGCACUUGUUGAUCAAAGCAACCUGCUUGGUGUGAACGGAGUUGGCGUGUCCACCAUGUGCUUGUUGAAAUGCCAAACCACAUAAACUGACAUACUGCUACACACCAAAUCUCUUCUCUCAAAACUUCACUGGAACACGGUAAUCUGAAACUCUGGAUUGGGUACUUCCGUACUUGGAAGCCAUCUGAUUAAGUUAUUGUGUUCCGUCAUUCUGACUAUUUUGCCAUCGUAGCAUGACUCCAGUUUGAGACUCCAGCUAACUUAUUGAAUGUUUAUUUUCCUGCAUGAAUUCUGGGCUACAGUGUUGUUUGAUUAGGCAUGCUUUGUCUUAUGCAUCUUGCAUCUGCCCAAACUCCUACAGGAACCGACGCUGAUGGCAUCCGGUGUACCUGGCUGAGGAUCCGAUUACAACGACAGUGACAGGAGCAGGUAUGAUAAACUAGACUGAUUCAAUUACCACCCGCCAUCGUGCCCACUCGCCGUGUGCCGUCAUUAACAAGAGCUAUGCCAUCGACGUCACCAACGACGUCUACGAGCACAACUUCAGCCACCGCCCCUGCCAGUUAUGAUGAUCACUUGAAGAUUCAGAAACUUGGCCAUGCUGCCUGAUGUGCAGAUAAUGCGACGAUACUUAUCGCCAACAAAAUUCCACUUAUGUGUAGUCACACUAUUAUUGUAAAAAAUAUCUAUGGCUGUGGCCAAGUUGAGUUCAAUCAAGAAGGUCUUACUUCAUCAUUUACCCAUAGCUUGGUAAAUUAGGCUGGGUUUCAUAAAUGCUAUAAGGACAAUAGCAUUUGGGUCAUGUACGUUUGUCCUCUCUUCAAGGACACUAGCAUUUUACUCAAACACUGGUUUUUAUGUUUUAUUUUGACUUGUGAAUCAACUGAACUAUGAUGUGGUUGUUUGCAUCAUUCUCAAA